AUGUGUAGAUUAUUGGUAUACAAAGGGAAACAUCCAAUACAAUUAGCUCAGCUUCUCACUCGUCCAGCUCACUCUAUAAUAAAUCAAUCAUUUGAUUCUCGACUUCGUUUAGACACAGGUCAAAUUAAUGGGUGGUAUGAAUCAAAUCCAGAUAAAAAUGAAAAAUCUACGCCUUGUAUAUUUACUUCCGUGACUCCCGCAUGGAAUAAUCAAAAUUUAACAAGACUUGCAGAAAAGAUAAAAAGUUCAUUGGUGUUUGCUCAUGUAAGAGCUUCUACUGCUGGGCUUGAUGAUCCAAAAAAUGGUCACUUUGAUCAUACAACAUUGAAAGAUGCAAUGUUGAAAACUAUUGGAUUAUUAAAUACUUGGGCCAUUGAAGAAGGAAUUGAUGAG